GGGAGCGACGGCGUUCGAGAAACUUCCGGAAACAGCGGAGCGGAAGUGACGCAGUGCGCUGACGGAGCUUCCUGUUUGCCGGCUGAUCCACGGGUGCCGUGCGCUGCUGCUGGCGGGGCGGGUGGCAGCGGCCGCGCAGUGGAGGCACCGGGGCCGGGACUUGAAAGAUUCAGCUCUUGUUAACAAGACAACUACUGAAACAUGGUGGAUUACUAUGAAGUUCUGGGAGUGCAAAAGUAUGCCUCAGCAGAAGAUAUUAAGAAAGCGUACCGUAAGUUGGCAUUAAAAUGGCACCCUGAUAAAAAUCCAGACAAUAAAGAAGAGGCAGAACGGCAAUUUAAGCAAGUAGCCGAGGCCUAUGAAGUUUUGUCAGAUGCUACAAAACGUGACAUCUAUGACAGAUAUGGAAAAGAAGGCUUAAUAAAUGGAGGCGGAGGUGGAAAUAAUCUUGACAGCCAGUUCGAGUUUGGAUUUACAUUCCGUAACCCAGAAGAUGUCUUUAGGGAGUUUUUUGGUGGAAGGGACCCCUUUUCAUUUGAUUUCUUUGAAGACCCUUUUGAGGACUUCUUUGGGGGCAGACGGGGUCCAAGGGGAAGCAGAAGCAGAGGUGGUGGAUCGCUUUUCUCUGCCUUUGGUGGAUUCCCUGCUUUUGGAAGUGGUUUUUCUUCAUUUGACACAGGUUUUGCUUCAUUUGGCUCACUGGGACAUGGAGGCCUUACUUCGUUCUCCUCUACGUCAUUUGGUGGCAGUGGGAUGGGUAACUUCAAAUCAGUAUCAACCUCAACUAAAAUAGUUAAUGGCAGAAAAAUUACUACCAAGAGAAUUGUUGAGAAUGGACAAGAGAGAGUAGAAGUUGAAGAAGAUGGCCAGUUAAGGUCGCUAACAAUAAAUGGUGAGCCAGAUGAAGAAGCCUUUGCCGAGGAGUGCAGACGGAGAGGACAACACGCCUUGCCUUCCCAGCCAACCAACCCUCGCCUGCUGAAGUCUCACAAGCCUUCCAGUUCCCCCAGAUAUGCCUAUCAUUAUAAUAGCGAUGAGGUGGAAGAACAAGAUAGAAGCCGCGUUAUGAGCAGCUUGGAGACCCCGUUUUAUUUAUCAGGUGUGCACAAGCAUGUUGAUGAGAAAUGCGCAGAAAAGGAAGCAUCAGCUAGUCAAAAGGAAAAACCAAAAAGCCGAGCAACAGUUUGCUGCUGUGUUUUGACUUAACGUUAGUUCCCUGUAGAUAAUAAAGGGCAGCCUGUGUGCCUUCAUCCUGCCUUAGCUCUGCUCUUCAAUUUAAUCUAGCCUAGAUUCACAAAUGCCCUGGGGUAUUCAAGGAUCCAGGGCGAAUAUUGUUAUGCUGCUAAAGUACCUAUGCUCUUUGUUCUCAAAACUGAGGCCUUUUAGAGAUUAAUCACAAUAUUUUGCGCAUUCAUUUAUUUAAAUUGUGCUUGGCUUCUUUGCCAAAGGAGAAGUUCAGCAACUUGGUAUUAUUUCUGGAAGCUGCAAUUUUAGGCACCUAAUUCUAACAGAGAGGGCUGAGACUGUUCAGGUGAGCGCGAGAGCAUGGUAAUUGUCCUGGUUAUUUUUGGAACUAAUUAGUCCUUUGGUAUAUUUCCUGUAAUUUUCAGCAAUGUAGUCCAGAGGCUAUCUUGAACAACAGAGUCCUCAUAACUACUUGAUUUAAUUUGAACCUGUGGUCAAAGAUCAUCCAGGACUGCCAGGACAGGUUUUUCUGAAACAGGAAGAUGCUCUUCUACUUCCAUGCAUAAGCCAAGGGCCCUUCUCAGUAGUGCUGAAUUAGGUGAGGUUCUGGUGCUGGGAAGUGCAAGCACAUGAGGCUCCUCAGUGUCAACACAGUGCAUGAAAAACAUGCACUUUACCCCAAAACUUGUGCUCUUGUACUCCCAGUGCUGUAUCAACUUCUUCCAUGUUUAUGAGCUUUUAAAUCUAACACUGUCUUCUGAUAUCAGAUGGGGUGACAGCUUGAAAACAUACAGUCAGAUAAAUGUCCUCCUUAUAUUGUUGCUAGAAGUUCUGUCUCUUUCGGGAUGACUAAGUUGAAUCUUUUCUUAAAAAAAAACAAAACCAAAAAGCAAACCAAACUUAAAAAUUUGUCCACAGGAGCCUGAAUGCUGAAUGUAACCUCUGGGCUGGUGUCCCAUGUAAGGGUUACAGGUUGUAUCUCCCAUAUUUGUAGCCGGCAAAACAAAACCUUGGCCCUGCAUUUGGAGACUUGAGGUUCUCCUGCAAUCAUAAUAGUAUUUAGUAAUCGUUUCCAAAGAGCAUCUGAGUUUGACAUGCACCUUGCGAUUUUUGGAGUAGUUUUUAAGAUUGCUUAGGACUUUGCUGUGAAUCUAUUUAUGCUCCAGGAUGCACAAGUCUGCAAUUAAAAUGAAUUUCUAGCAGUAUUUAUGCAGUCACAAAGUCCUGUCCAGUAGAUUGUGACUGACCGUAAAAGAUUCAGGGUGAAAACUUGUUUGGAGUAAGAUUUUACUGUUGCUUUAAAUAUUUUGCCUACUGUUCCUCUGAUGGACAGGGCUGCUGAAGGACUGGUCGAAUCAGUCAUAAAAACCUACGUGAGUGUCUUAAUCCCUCCCUGGGAAGUUUGUGCAUCAGCCGUUCCCGACAGUGCCUUUUUCCUCCGUGGAUAUUCACCUCUGCUGACUGCCUUGCCCAGCAAGCAGGUCUCACCAGCGCAGCUCUGUAAUUAUAUAGACCACUUACUUGCUCCCACUUGGCUUCUCAUUGACCACGGCGACAGCUGCCAUGCUUACAUGGGCCAGCGUUGGGAAAGAAUAGCAUCUCUUUCUGCCUUGGUUCAAAGCCCACUCAAUUCAGUGGAAAAUAGUUAAGUUCAAUGGCCACAAACUGGGCUCCAUUCCACCUUGAACUGGAUGGUUUUGCCACUGCUGCUGUGCGGCACUUGGCAGUGAGAUUGCGUGGCAGUUUCAGACUUUGUCCCAGUUAGAGCACCUCAAGCAAAUCAUCAGUCAUUAAUGAUUCACCUGCAGUGAACCGGUUUUCUUUUUCCCAGCUCUAAGAGUGAGGAUGUUUGAGUUUUAUUUUUUAAGUCUGUAGCAAAUUUAAAUGAAGGAGAAGGGGAUAGGUUUCAUCUUGACUACAUGCUGGAAAUCACUCUGGAAGUGGCCAUCUCUUGAUAGUGACCCAGGAGAAAGGCUGUACAACUCAUUUAGACUGGUAACCGAUAUCCAGAAGUGAGAUGAAUCCUCUCCCUAGUCAGGAUUUCCACUCAUUAUAGUAGGUAUUUAAUACAAAAUAACUAGAGUUAAAUUUCAUUCUUCAUCUAACAUUUACACUUUGUGUUUUAGUAGAAAUUUCUCUGGGUUUCAUAGUGUUCCUGGUUUCAUAAUGGCCUUUUAGAAUAAAACUUCACCUCUUUUGCUCUGAAGUCACUGCGUAUCUCAAACAGUUCUCUACCUACAAACAAGCAAUUUGUUAAUAAGUAUUCAGAUACUGCGAGUAAUAUGCUCCCUGAUCAUGUGACGUAUGACUACCUGGUGGUAUCCAAGCUGUGUCAAAGUGGUAUUAAUGCCAGCAGAGAACUGGAGGUUGCAGCCAUUUAUCGUAGAGGUAAUAGUAACUACUCCUAAAAAACUACUUCUCUGAAUCUGAGAGUUUUGACCUUUAUCUGGCAAGAAUGGUUGAAAUGUUAAGUUAUUAAAAUACUGAAAAAUACAUGAUAUAAAAGAUCAUUAUUUGCAAGAUAAUAUUGCAAGGUUUGCUCUUCCUUUGGAAUGAAAUUGCUUGCAUUAACCUAAAACUUACAACAUCAAUAAUUCAUUUUUGCUGCAUUUUCAUCCACUGGCAUCCCUGAAGAAAAAAAACACUUUAAAAGAACUAGACUAACUAAUCUCGAUCCCUUUCUGGCAUGGAUUCCUCUUCUGGAAAGUUGAGCUGUUUGUACUAUAAUUUAUCUUUAAUGCAGUCUCUGUUCUUUUUACAGACAUACAGUUCCUGAAUUACACUUUACUAACUAGUAAUAUUGAUAUGCUUGGUUAUCCAACCUAAUUAUUUGACAAUUCCCUUGCAUGCUUGUAUUUGGGCAUAUAAUGGAAUGAGAAAGGAAGGAAAAGCCACUGUUUUCUGCUGAAAUCUAAUAUGUGUGGAAUGCUGGGGGUGUGGAGAUGGGAGGGAGUUCAUUCUCCUUUGUUCCACAUUCCCUGGCUGUAACUGUGUGUGAGUGGGACAGGGUGACAGCUGUACUCUGCUGCGGGCAGAGUGGGAAGACUGGCUGGUGGAUUUGGAGGCUGGCUGGUAGCUCCCUGGCUUAGCCAGAGCUGCAUUCACGCAUGGUUUUUUGGCUGCUAGUACAAGAGCAUCCUGCUACCCAUUUACUUCCCAUUGAAGAUGUCUGGGUUGCACGUGGCAGGGCUUCCAAGGCUGCGUAGCCUUGCAAGCUUUUGCUUGCCAUGUGGGAGUAAAGCUUUGGACUCUAUUCAGUAAUAGUAUUACCUUAAUGAAUAGUAUUACCUUAAUUAAUAGCAGGUUGUGUCUGGCAUGGUAUGUUCUUGUAGCAAUUCUAGGCAGAAUUGUUAAUGAAACUACUAUGGUGAGCAAGCGUGAAAGAAGGCCCCAGUAAGUUGCUAAAGCUUUUCAGUCCCCUAAUACAUCAAAGUUGGAAUUACAUCACUGGGUUGGCCAGGGAAACUGGAGAACUCGCCCCUUGGAUUUAACAGUGUGGAUAAUUGAACAGUGGAGCGGCAUACCUAGACAGGGUGGGAUGUUUUGUCACCACAGGUCUUUAUGUAAAGGUGGUUUGUCUCUCAGUGAUGCUCCGUGGCAUGGGCAGGAGCUAUGGAUGCGGUGAGAGAAUUAGUAGGUCAAAUCAUGGUGUGUGUUGGGCAGUGGCUCAGGCUGAAAGGAGGGAAUGUGAAAGUGUAGUGUAAAGCUGUAAUUGUAAAUUGAGUCACAUAUAUGAAAUUAUACUGAAGCUGUGAUCUGGGAUGAAUUUUUCUAAUGGCAUAUGCAAAUGUGGUCAAUCACAAAGAACAGAUGGUGGCUGCAACCUAGGAGUAAGCUAGCUGCCUUUGACAUUGCUAUUUAUUAUUUUGAUUAGAGAGAGAUUUCUAAGAGCAGAAAAUUCGGAAAUGUAUUACAGAACCCAACUUGCACAUGUCCCACUGCCCUCUUAAAGCUCUGCAUGCAUAUUGGAGCCCUGACUGCUUUCAUCUUUUGAAGGAGGGAAGAAGAAGGGCCACAGUCUUAGCAAAAAGUUAGUAGCUCUUGAAAACUAUUUUCUCUGGAACUUAAGCAGAAAGCAGGAAUCCCUCCCAUCCCCUGCCUCAGUGCUUCAGAGCCUGAAAGUGGGAGGAGGCUCACUUUUGCAGGAGAUCUAUAAAAAUCAGUCCGUGGCCUUUAUUACUGACUGAUGUGUGUUGAGAAGCAGCAGUGCUGCAUGUUAAUCGUCAGUUGUGACUGAACACUUUGUUUCCCGACUCCUAUGCUCUCCUGUGCUGGCAGAAGGAAGGUCGAACAGACCGAUGGCUGCUCUCUGCAUCCUGGUAGAGCAGGCAGGUGUCAGGCAGGGCAGGAACAAGUAGGAUACCACAAAUGGGUUGGGUAGGAGUGUUUUCCCC